AUAUUUAACUUGCGAAUUACAUUUAAAUCAUUUUUUAUUUCAAAUGGAAAAACACUCCUCUUGUUUCACUCCAUUAGAAUAAACUAAACAAUUUAAAUCAUUGUUGAGGAAUUGAACUCCAGAGAAUCGCAUUAGCCUCGCACUUCCACGUUUCUCGUCAAAAGCUGAUUACUAGAAAACAGCAUGUUUUACUUCGGUAUCCUUGCGGUGCUGUGGUCGGUGUUGGCGUACUCCAUUGGCUUUACAAUGGAUCGUUCAGCUUUGGUACCGUCCAUGUGGGACACGGCGCCGUCCUUGGACACGUACCAAAAGGUAUUCGUUGACCCUGCGUUGAACGGCAAGAUACAGGUGACAGGCAUGGACAAUAUCUUGCAAGCUGCAGAUGUGAAGGUAUCGGUGAAACUGACGGAGCAGAUGCCGCAGAAUCAGACGCGUAAGAAGAGAUCGACGACCGAGAACACCACAACCGGGAUGAAACUGGUCAAUGACGGUGUAACGUUAGUGAUGAAAAAUGACAGCUCCAAUGUUUCCGUAGAAAACGCCAACACCGUUACUCCACUCCGAAAUGUUAUCUUGCUUCUGAUUGACGAAAGCAGCUCGAAUGAGAGCAACCACGGGAAUUCAUGGGAGGAUUGCAAGAAGAAACUGCCGUUCGCCAUUGAAGGAUUUCUUCAAAGCUGUCGUGAUGAGAUUAAGGCUACCAAUUUCACCGUGAGCAGCGCUAUUGUUCUUGAAAAUAAAGAAAAGAACUGUGAUUGCGAACAUAUCCUUCGUUCGAAUAUUGUUGAUCUGUUAUCUUGGGCGAGGCACGCGAAAGGAAUGACAACAGGCACAGUUUCCGGCAGCAAUUUCUCGAUACCAUCCUUUCCUAGAUACGAAUUCGAUGCAUUUGACGAAAAUGAAGCGAAGUUUGAACAGCGCAUGGACAAGCACAAUUCGAAGGACCCCUGGCAAAUGAUCAAUCUCAGCGAUCAAACAAAAUCCCUUUCCCCCGUGACCAUGGCAGACUCUAAAUCCGACGGAAUGUCGAAUUUUGACGGCACUUGGAACAUUUUCGAUGUGUUCUCCAAAAUGUGGAUGGCCUUCUUUCGCUCUUUACUUGAAUCGGUUGGCAGGAACAACAAUACAUCCGAAGAGGAGUUUUCAUCGCGCAAACCAUUUCUUGUUAAACCUUCUACGAUAAGUUUGAUUGAGAAUACCAUCAAGGAGCUCAAAUCCUUUCCGAACAACAAGGGCUAUAUACUGAUUGCUACCGUGCCGAGCAACGAGCAUGCUGUUGUCAUCGAUCUUUUGCAACGCGAAAUUUCUCCGAAAGACACUCUUCUUGUAAUGAUGGAAAUCUGUUCGGGCAAGAAAUCCGUCCCAUUCAUCGCGGAAGGAUCAAAUAGCGGAAUCCUUCGGGAAAUAAAAACGAUCUGGGAACUGCCGAUCGCAAUCAGAAAAGCGAUCGAAACUAACUGUCAUGAUCCAGAAUGCAUAAAUCGACAGAAGCGCGAUGCUCCAAUUAUCUCACGUGUGCCAAUGGAAUUUUUUCUAGGAAAAACUGCCAGUGCGAAAGCGCGUUAUUAGUAACUAGAACUAGAUGUUGAAAAACUGAUGUUGCUGAUACAACCCACGGAGGAGAUGUCCAAGUUCAUACGGGUGGAAUUAAAUGAGAAUCCAGCGACACGUGAGAACGAUCUCGAAGCAAUCAAAGAGUGGUUCAGAAAACAACCGCAUUUACCUCAAUUUGAUGAUGACCGAAGAAUAAUGACGUUUCUAAGAGGAUGCAAGUUCUCUUUAGAGAAAUGCAAGCGGAAGCUAGACAUGUAUUUCACAAUGCGUGCAAUGAUCCCCGAGUUCUUCAGCAACCGCGACGUCAAAAAUCCGGACAUACAAGAACUACUGAAACUCGUACAGAUACCGCCUUUGCCAGGUUUGACGAAGAGCGGACGUCGAGUGAUCCUGAUGCGAGGACUUGAUAAAGAUGCACAGACUCCGAAUAUUGCGGAAGCUAUGAAGCUGGUAUUGAUGAUAGGCGACCUACGUCUUAAAGAGGAGUCCCACGGAGUAGCAGGUGACGUCUAUAUCCUCGACGCUAGCGUCGCUUCGGCAAAGCACUUUGCUAAAUUCACGCCGACCUUAUCAAAGAAGUUCAUGGUCUGCGUGCAAGAAGCUUACCCAGUGAAGCUGAAAGAGGUACACGUGAUCAACGUCAGUCCGAUUGUCGACACGAUUGUCACCUUUGCCAAGCCGCUGCUGAAGGAGAAGAUUCGCAAUCGCAUCUUUCUGCACAGCGAUAUUAAUACGCUCUACGACUAUGUGCCCAAGGAAAUAUUGCCGGCUGAAUAUGGCGGAGACGCCGGACCCAUUCAGGCUAUACAGGACAAGUGGGUGCAAAAGUUGGAGGAAAACACGGCUUGGUUCAAGGAACAGGAGUCCUUAAAAGCUAACGAGGCCUUACGACCGGAUAAACCAAAGACGCACGACGACCUAUUUGGUCUUGACGGAUCCUUCCGGCAGCUGACGAUCGAUUAAAUCGAUUAUCCCACUCUCGGAGGUACUCCUACGUGAUCAUCGCCAACAGCAGCCGUUAACCAGAUCGUUCAUUCGCGUGAACAGCAGAAACUUUAACAAUCGAUCGCAAACUCGGUCCUCGUGCUAAGAAGAUGUAUCUCAUAGCAUAAUUUAAUUGAUACAAAUUCGCCAAGUAAUUGUAGAGAUAACAAUCUUCACGAACAAAGCGCAACAACAGCAGUAUUUCUCUUAGACUUUUCUCUAUUAACAAAAUUUUAUUUAUUUUUAUUAAUUAUUCUAAUUAAAAGUUCUAUCAUAAUUCUAUGACUGUGAGAGAUUCUAACAAUAACUGACAAAUCGUGACUUACAA